AUGAUGAGCGCGGAUCUGGAGCAGCAGGUUUCGCUCAGCACCUCUUCCUCCCAGUGCCUCAGCUCCGGUGGCUCGGCCGGUCGCGCGCUCUCGGCGAAUGUCCGGCGUCUCCACAACUCGCUCAACGUGCUCCUAGUGGACGUGGAGCGAGAGCAGUUCAUACACUGUCUCAAUGUGUACCACGCCAAAAGGAACGUGUACGACCUGGUUCAAACGCUCAAAGUCAUCCUAAACACAAGCACGAAAAGACAGUUGUUACCGAUGCUGCGACUCGUUAUCCCGCGCUCGGAUCAACUUCUGUUUGACCAGUACACUUCAGAGGGGUUGUACCUAAAACCCGAGCUCCUCACCGGUAACGGGACAGCGGAGGGGUACGGGGAAGGAGACGAUUUGGCGCUGCAGAAGUAUGUGACAUGUAUCCAGGAGCAGAGCAGCGGGCUUGGUGGGUUCCUGGACUGGCCGUUUUUGGGAGAGGUGCGUAAAGUGACCCUGACCCGAACGCGGAGCCUGGAGGGUUUGGGGUUCAGUAUCAGAGGAGGAGCUGAGCACGGAGUCGGGAUCUACGUGUCCCUCGUGGAGCCCGGGUCGUUCGCAGAGAGGGAGGGGCUCCGGGUCGGUGACCAGAUUGUGACGGUGAAUGACAUGAUGUUCGACGGGGUCACGCACAUCGAGGCGGUUAAGGUGCUGAAGGGCUGUAAGAAGCUGUCCCUCUCUGUCUGCUCUAUGGGCCGGAUCCCUGGAGGUUACAUCACUAACCACGUGUACAGCUGGGUGGACCCACGGGGGUGCAGUGUGUCCCCCCCACCUGACGAGGCUCACCAGAAGCAGGCCAACGCAGCCAACGAGAGGACGGUGAAUCUGAACAUGGAGGACGGCCGCUCGCUGGGUCUCAUGAUCAGGGGAGGAGCAGAGUACGGCCUCGGCAUCUACAUCACAGGCGUGGACCCUGGCUCCGCAGCAGACGCAGGGGCCCUCAAGGUGGGCGACCAGAUCUUGGAAGUGAACGGGCAGAGCUUCGUGACCAUCUCCCACGACGAGGCGGUGCACAUCCUGAAGACCGGCCUGCAGCUGCUGGUCAGGGUGAGGGACGUGGGAAAGCUGCCUCACGCUCGCACCAUCGUGGACCAAACCAGGUGGGUCAACAGCACCCAGCCUGCUCCCGAGACCGCCAGCACACCAGAGACUCCCUCCACAGUCCAGAGUGUCCCGAGUCCAGCCCGGAGUCCCAGCGCUGCCUCUUCCAGACCCACAUCGGCCCGAGCUGCACCCGUAUUAGCGAAGUCGGUCGGGUGCAGAGGCGUGGGUCCUCCAGGCCUGCAGGUGUCGCUGGAGCAGCAGGCCUACAUGUUACUGACACAGACGGAGAGGGAGACCAUGCUGUACUACCUGCAGGAGUACCAGCAGGGACACAUCACAGUGGAGCCUAUGGUCACAGCUCUGUUUGAGCUCUUCAACACCCACGCUAAGUUGUCUCUGCUGUCGGAGGUACGUGGUCUGGUCUCGGCUCAGGACUUGGAGGUGUUUGACCGGCUGGUGCUGCUCAGACAGAGGGAGGUGACCCAGGCCUUUCAUGGGGGACUGGGAGUGCUGCGGCCCCCGGGACACUGUCCACACCAGUCUGCAGGACAUACUGGACACACUGGAUCUGCUAAGGCUGACGGAGCGGUGGUUGGCUGGACGGAAAGGCACCAGGAGCAGAGUGUGAAUGCCUUACAGAACAUGGCACUGGAUGACGUGCAGAUGAGACAGUCCCCUCCCCUGUUCAGGCCCCCGAGCCGCUGCUCCAGAGAGCGGAUCCCCUCAGCUCGCCUGGUUCAACCCGGCCCAAACCGCCUCCUCCAGGACUGUCUGCACAAGUCCCUGAGACCCACGUCCCCCCGCGGCUGUCCCGGGCACCACGUCUCUAUGUCCGCUCUCCAUCAGCACCCGUGUACUCAGCCGGAGCCCCUCCCUCACCACUGCCACGCCCACCACCCUCACUCGGGACGGCCCACCUCCGGAAACCACCCCCCUAUGUUUCUGCAUUCAAACUCGGCACCGGCAAAAGCAGAAGCUUACUCCAGAUCCAGCUCUUAUGAAAAGUCUUGCGUUUCAUCCAAAUCGGGCUGCUCCUCCAAAGGUGUGUCUCCCCUGGCGUCUCCGCACCCCUCGCCCUGCGCCUCGCCCUGCCCCGCCCUCGUUACUCCCGCCCCCUCAACCUGUUCUCCAGACCAGCCCUGCUCCCCCGCUCUGGGUCACCAGGUCAUCGUCGACGGCAACCGACUCACAGCUGACUGCAGGACGCAACAAAGAGGGGGCACUCUCUCCCAGUUGUCGGACAGUGGGCAGACGCUGAGUGAGGACAGUGGAGUGGACAUCGCAGAAGCCGGGGCCCUCAGUAAAGAUGGCAGCCCUCGCCCCUGUAAGAGCCAGCUGGGACAUGUCGCAGAGGGGACACAAGCGCCACCUGCUGGAGUCAACAGGCAGCUGAUGUCACCAGUCCCCAUGGCUUCUGCGGUCUUAAUCCGAGUCAUGAAAAACUCCAACACUUUGGGCAUCGCUAUUGAGGGAGGAGCAAACACGCGGCAGCCUUUACCACGCAUCGUCACUAUACAGAAAGGAGGCUCCGCCCAUAACUGCGGUCAGCUGAGGGUGGGUCAUGUGAUCGUGGAGGUAAAUGGUGUUUCGCUUAGGGGACGGGAACAUAAGGAGGCGGCCCGGAUCAUCGCUGAGGCCUUCAAGACCAAAGACCAAGACUAUGUGGACUUCCUGGUUCUGGAGCCUGGACUUUAG